AACAGGCCAAUCAAUUGGAUUGUAACACUCCAAGCUGCAUGGCGCCCAUUCUAAAUCAAGACUAGUAUCAUCAUCGUCUGGGGCCGCCCAAGAUUAUACAGGGAUCCAAUUGGCCUUAUCGAUGUGGUUGACAUGGCCCCCAUGGUUGAAACCAGCACACCACCAACACUCCCGUCCACGCCGGUUCUCUCAGCUUCGCCGGUCAUGUCAUCUCUUUUCCUCAUCAAUCAGCCUUUGAGAGCCCAAAACUGCACCCACAGUUAUCUUGACUAAAAUCUUGACGAUGGAGCAGCAACCGUUCAUGGCGGCGGCGCCAAAACCGAGAAUUCCAUGGGCUAAGCCUGAAGAUUGGGACAAGUAUCAGAACACCAUAACGGCACUCUUCAUGUGUCACUCACUUCCAGUUGUGAUGCGCGUAAUGCGCGAUGAACAUCAGUUUAAUGCGACCGCCAAAAUGUUUCAAACGCAAAUUUACCAAAAAUGGGGACUACGUAAAACCAAGCCAGGAGAGGCAAAGAAGCAGGCGAAGGAGAAAGCAAACAAGAGGCGACGCGAAGAAUCAGAAGAGGUUGAAAGUGCCGCAUCCUCCUCACGAUCUCACGAGCUUCCUACAGCAGAUAACUUCAGUAUCUCCGGCAAGAGUGCUGUGUCUCAUUCAUCAGAUAGGACUGCUCCAAACCAAACCCCCCAAGCCAUGCCACGUUCGUGGGCAGCAAAUCAGAACAAUCUGACCAAACCCGCGAGGAACGCUGUUGAUCCACAGGCCGUGGUUGAUCGGGACAGGCUCGACUCGACUGAGGCACCCUCCGACUCACAAUGGCCAAUCCCACAUGCUUGGAAGGAUUUCCUCAACAAAGGGCAAGUACCUCUCCAGCAUCUCGAGGAUGAGCAUGAUUACACAAAUACCCUCAUUGAACCUGAAUCUCAAAUCGAGAGUCAACAGUUUACCUCCGAAUUCUCACGCCUUCCGAGACAGCUGGUUCCGAAAGACGACUGGAUGGAAACUGUUAUGACACUGACACCGCCAAGGUCAAAAUACUCAGAUCCAUUUGCGAAUUCUGGUUCAUCAAAUUCUUCGGACUCUUCCCACACUUCGGCCAGCCCCUCUUCGAGGGACCACAAACGUCCCAGACAUUUGUCUGCGUUUGAUGUGCCGUCAGGAUUCCCCCGACAUUUGUCAUCUCCAGAUACUCUGCUGCGGCCUGAAAAGUCCAUGUUUUUCGCGAGGCAUUUUAUAUCUACUACCUUUUCGACAGGACUGUGGGCUUUGUCGCAGACAACUGACUCGUCCUUCUUCGACAUGGAAUGUAGCAAGCUCGAAAAGUGGUACAAUGACUUCAACCCUGCUUUUGAGUUUCUUAGAGAGAAGAAAGUGAAAAGAGCAUUCCGCGUUUUGAAGCAAUGCUUUGACAAUACGAAAGCCAUCAUCGAACCCCAGGACCCUCGAGUGAUGAUUUAUGUAAUCCAACAGGUUAUCCGUUGCAUGUACUAUGAUACCCUAGGACGGAACCUCGCACAGACACUUCUCAAGUACAUCACUGGAUUGUGUCAAGUUAUAUUCGGUCGAAAACACCCUCUGUACGUCAUACUUAGCCAUUUGGCUUGCACUGACGUAUUUGAGUUCGGGCAGAACAUUCGGCCAUUUAUGGAUUGUUACUUCGAUCAUCUGGAGCCUUUCCUAGAGCAGUCGACCAAUGCUUUUGGACAUAUUACCGAGAUGCGGGGCUUGACUGUUAGUCUCAUGGAAGGGACUGGCAUGAUGGGAGUAUACGAAGCUAAACCGAUUCUUGAGAAACUCGUAGGCAAAGCUGAUGAGCUUGGCUUGUCGAGCUUGCACUUGAGAGUUGAGACGGCUGCUAUCUUGCACCGGAACCGCUUUUUCGACGAAGCGUUAGAGUUACUUACAGGUGUCCGUGAGCAAGCAGAGUUAAACAAUGCCCCAUACGAGUUGAUGUAUGCGGGGAUUGUAAUGAUGCUAACGCUGCGGAAGAUGGGAGACAAAGAAGGGGCUAUUCGGGUGGGCUAUGAGAUGGAAUCCUACCUGAUGAGGCCUGUACAAGUUAGUGGACCUGGGUUAGAAAUGUCCAUGUCUGUCAGGCAAUAUAUAGGAUCAAGGCAGAGUAGUUUCCUCUUGGUCUUAGGGAAAUUGGAGAAGGAACUGCGUGAUGUAGGACGGAUACAGGAAGCGGAUCAAGUCUUAGCCAGGUUGGAUCGUGGAAUUAUUGCUGAAUAUGGCGUUAAUGAGGAUUACGCUGUCGCCGGAGGUGACGAGGACUCAGUUGCAGAAUACACGGAGAAUCCGAGCAGCAUGCCACUCGGGAACUACCUCAAUCAACUCAAGGCCAAGGCCGAGGAGCUGAACAGGAAACACAAUCUGGGUAUCCCAAUCCGUCAAAGCAACCCUUCACAGGGGAAUGCCCAGUAUGCACAUCAGAGUUACCCCGGUCACCAGCAACCACACUACCAAGCGCAGUGGUACUUUGAGGAGCCGCAGCCCAAUCACUACAAGCAGCCACCGCCCGUGCCCAUGCAUUCUCAUCCCAGUGGUAACCAGCAGUCUGGUCCACAAGUUUACUGGCACAUGAGUACCAAUGCCCCAGUAGGCCAGGACUUCGAGCAGAAGCAGGGCCACGGCGAGCCAUAUGGAUGGGGCAACAACGAGCUGGAGAACUACACGGCUUCCCCAGAAAACAGCUUUUAUACAUCCGAUGGCAAGCUGAUCUUGCGUGCCAUCGCGCGUCCGGGGCACCGGGACCUGGAGGCUCGCUUCACGUCAGCGCGUUUAGUGACGCGUCAGACGCUGUCACGGCCCAAGGGUUGUUUAACCGCGUGGCUGACUAUGCCCGCGGCUGAGGGCAUAUGGCCCGCGUUCUGGAUGCUGCCACGCGAGCCGUUCCACUGGCCCGAUGAGGGCGAGGUAGACAUUGCCGAGAGUUGGAAUGGCGAAGUGGACAACCACUCCUGUCUGCAUUGGGGCUUCUACAAUGGUGAGGAUGCUCAGAAACAUCUCGUCCGGAAGACCCCGAUACCGGACAAAGCGCACCGUGCUGUGCGCUUUGACUUCGUCUGGAAUUGUGAGGCUGUACGCAACAACGAGGAUGGUAAGAGUGCUGGUGGUGGAAGGUUGAUGUGGCUGAUCGACGGGCGGCCAGUUAUGAAGAACCUCAUGCCUGCUGGUACGCGACGUAUUGAGGACUGGUGCGUGCUGUUAAAUGUUGCCAUGGGAGGGACUGUCUGCCAGGGAAAGAUCCCCAGAGAAGGUAUAUAUGAUCUUGUUGUGCACAGCUUGCAGAUGAGCGACGAGUUGGAUGGUGGCUGGGCCAGGUUCGAACAUGAGUGGCACGGCUGUCCCGAUGGAGCCGUGAUGUAAACAUUUGACACAGCGGCCACUUCAGUUCAGAUUCGAUACCUGCUUCCUAUAAUGAAUUAGAUGAUCAACUGCAGAGUUUCAAGAGCCUGUACGCAACGUCGGCCAUGUCUGUCAGUCUACCGGACGUGUUACCAAGACAUAACGUACAGUACAACAUUCUGUUUAUCUAUUCUGUAUAUUCCAUAAGCAAAAGUAUGAAACACCAUCCUAUUCCUUCACCCUC